UUCUAAAAGCUUCAUAUGAGAGCAUUGGCCAAAAGAGCAUUUGGAGAGCAUUAGUAUUUAAUAAAUGCUUAUCUAACAAUUGUUGAUUGGAUAAUGUAAAGCAUAAUGAUAAUGUUCAUGCUCUACCAAUCAAGGUCUAAGAGAUAUAUAUACUUAGGAUUGGAAAGGGUAGGCUAAAAUCAAACCAAAUAUAUAUUUAAAUUAUUACAGAUCCAUACCCUUUUUUCCUAUACACUUUAUUAAAAACAGAAUAUACCUUAUUAAAGAUAAGGAAAACGUGUUUUGUAAGUUUUAAACACAUAAUCUCAUAUAAAUUGCAAAUUUCAUGUUUUUGUAAACUUAGAUCAAUCGUUUCAUUUGUUAUAGGUUAGCUAAUGGAUAAAAAUACUGGUCAUAUGUUUUGUUGGUUUGGUUUUGAAUUUUAUAAAUAGUCAAUAUUAUAUGGGCCAUAAAGUUAUAAUAAGCCUAACCUAAACUAAUUUAUUCGUAUUUGGCAAAUUGAUGGGCUGGCGAACAAUUAGAUUAGCACAAUCAAUUGACCACGGAAGGAAAUGAUUAUUAAUGAUAUGAAAGGAUUAUUAAUGAUUGUAUAAGAAACGAUUGUGUUUUAAUUCCAGUGGCAUUCUCUUGUAAUUAUUGAGGAAAACUUAGGGUUAAGUACUAUUUGUACUUCUGUUUUAAUAGAUUAGAUUAUUUAGACUUUCGCCUCUGAUUCACCACAAAAAAAAAAAAACUGUUUCAAGAGUUUAUUGGAUACAACCUAUUCAUCAAUCUUGUUCACCCUAUCGCAAUCACAUUGAUACACGUUUAUAUCUUUUUGACUAAUAUCUUUGCCACUCCAUUGACAUGACAAAUACUAAAACUUUCAUAAUGAUGUUUGGUAAACUCUAACUACCAAGUAAAUGACUUGCCAACAAGAACAAACAACAAACCGAAUCUUGGAACGGAAGCAAGACGACUUUCCUUGUUAUUCACUCGAAGACGACACAAAUACAUAACAGAUGAUAUCAUUUUAAAACCAAAAAUACCAUUCACAAACUCAUUUGAGAACCUGAUGAUACUGAAAGAACGGAGAGAAUAGUUAUAAUGCCUCCACAUCUUCAUCAAUCUUCACUUCCUAUUCUCAACCCUCUACUCAGAUUCUCACCUCCUUCCUCCCCUGAUACUCCCAAACACAAGAGAGAAUCAAAGAUCACCAUGCCAAAAUUCACUGUACGUAAACUCAUACCUCUACUUAUCUUCGUUCUCUCAAGCCUAUCUGUUAUUCGCCUCCUCCGGAUCUCCUUAAAGUCUUCAUCCUCUGCCUCUCAUUCCCUCUCUUCUACCACAUUUCGGUCUGAGUUCAGUCAGCAGAUAAGUGCUAAUGCGAGCCAGAGCGCUCUCACCGAAAAGGAACUCAAGCUCUUAUCAGAUACAAUUACUAGUAGACCCCCUUGCAACGUCCUUGUUUUUGGGUUUGCACCUCACUACCUCAAGUUAUCUUCAAUCAACACCAGAGGCAUUACCGUCAUUUUAGAAGAUGAACAAUCAAAAUCAAAAGCUGAAGUAAAUCCCAACAACACAAGAAUCUACAGCUUGAAGUACCAUCAGAUGGAAGUCAAGAACGUUUACAAACUGCUCCGACAUGCCAGAGCUAAUCCCGCAUGUGCUGCACCAAAUACGAAUACUCUACAUCAAGGCUCAUCAGAAUGCAAACUGAAACUGAAGGAUUUGCCACAGGAAGUGUACAAUACCAAAUGGGAUGUGAUAGUUGUUGAUGGACCACGUGGGGAUGACUUAGAGGCGCCAGGUAGGAUGGGGAGUAUAUAUACUGCAGCUGUGUUAGCAAUACAAGGAAGUAGUAACUCGACAACAUAUGUUUUAGUGCAUGAUGUGCAAAGGACUGUUGAGAAGUGGCUCUCCUGGGAAUUCUUGUGCCAGGAGAAUCAGGUUUCAGCUAAAGGGAACUUCUGGAAGUUUCGGAUCAAGGGUCGAUCAAAUGCAUCUAGGUUCUGCUCACCAGAAACAGCCUUGAUCAGAUAUUAGCAAAAUUAGUUCAAAAGCAAGGUUGUUGCUCUGUCACACUACGGAGUCUGUCACAUAACAGUGCGUGUGUAGGGAAGUAUAUGUUCAAAUAAGGCAUUCAAUGUAGACUAGCUAUCAGAGAUCUGUACAAAUAUCAUUCCAAGUAGUUAAUGGAUUGAGGUUGAUGAAAUGGUCAUAGUUUUCAGGAUUUUUCUUUUUUAAGCAUAGUUUUCAUGCAAAAAUAUUCAUUAAUAGAUAUUUAUACCUGUCAUCAAUACAAAGUAAUGGAUUUUUGCUU